AUGGCUCCACCAGUAAGCAAAAGAAUCAAAACUCUGUCUGUUAGCAGGCCAAUAAUAUAUGGUAAUACGGCUAAAAAAAUGGGUAGUGUUAAACCACCAAACGCCCCUGCUGAGCAUACCCAUUUGUGGACAAUUUUUGUUAGAGGCCCACAAAAUGAAGAUGUGUCCUAUUUCAUCAAGAAAGUUGUCUUUAAACUUCACGAUACUUACCCAAACCCUGUAAGGUCUAUAGAAGCACCUCCGUUUGAGCUCACUGAAACGGGCUGGGGUGAGUUUGAUAUAAACAUCAAGGUAUAUUUUGUAGACGAGGCCAAUGAGAAGGUUUUAAACUUUUACCACCGAUUACGACUUCAUCCUUAUGCCAAUACCACACCAAAUACCAGCAAUGGAAGUGAGCAAAAUACGCCCGGUCGUAAUGCUAAUGAUGUAGAAGUUAGCUCCAUUUAUUUCGACGAGAUUGUAUUCAAUGAGCCAAAUGAAGAAUUUUUCAAAAUUUUAAUGAGCCGACCAGGAAAUGUUCUACCUUCGAACAAAACUGAAAGUUGUGUCUACUCAAAACAACUAGAACAAGAAGAGAUUGACAGAAUAGACAUUGGUAUAGAAAAGGUUGAUAGAGAAAUACAUGAAUUGAAACAGAAGCUGGAAAGCUUGAUAAAACAAGAAGCUAUUAAUGGAAAUUAG